AUGAUACCCUCAUCAGCCACAAUGCUGAAGAACUUAGAACAACGUGCGGCAUCCAAUUUUCUAAUGGAAAAUUUGUUACAGAAUAAAACGUCAAAUGGCAGUGAUUUUAGUUUGACGUUAAAUUGGGCAGCCAGUUUGAUGGCACGAAAGCGGGAAAACGAAGCGAUAAUUAGUACUAGUGAACAUCUGUUGAAAAAACCAAAAAGGGAUUUUGAUCGCGAUAUUGAUGAUGAGACAUUAGUACAUGCCGAUGGAGAUUUAGAAACUGAAACUGAACCGGAAACAGAUAUUGAAAUAACAACCGGAUAUCAUGAACGAUUAUCUCAAUUGCGAAUCUGUAAACGAUUAAAGUCGGAUGAAAUUCAAGAAAAUGAGAGGUUCAUAGGGGAAGAUUUGAGCAGGGAUUGGAUGAGUUUUAAUGUGAUUGAAAAUUCUUCAAAAAAAGCAAUAAAAAAUGACGAACGACUUGCCAACGACGAAGCGUGUAGUUUAAGUUGUGCCGAUGAUCAGUGUCAGAAUCCAUUGAGUACAACUCACUCAUUCAUCUCAUCUGCUGCGGAAUCCCGAGUCAUUCAAGCAAAAGAAAAGCCAGAAUUGAAGUUCGGUGUGAAAGCCAUACUUGCAGAUGAUAACGACAAACGGCGAAACUCGGAAAAUCCACCGGUACUUCAAAUACUACCGAACUUCAAUCACAGUCUACAACAUUCAGCGACUCUUCAGACUGGUUAUGCGUCCGGAAUAGCUAAACCAAUAGCACGUCCAACGGCCUAUCACCCUCAUCAUCCACCCCACUCAACACAUCAACCGGGGCCACCUGCACAGCAUCCUUUUUCACCACACGCACAUCAUACGUUGCAACUGUUGGCUUGUCGUGGGCCCUAUUUAACUGUGAGUAAUCCUGGUAAUGGCGGCCAUCUAUCAGGAAGCUCCGCCGUGGGUGGAAGCGUGUUUCCCACUGCAAUACAACCAGGCUUAGGAGAUCUUGCCAGUUUAAGUGCAGCGUGUUUUCCCUGGGCAGCAAGUACACGCGGGCGACCUAGAAAGGGAAUGAUGAGACGAGCGGUCUUCUCAGAUACCCAAAGGCGAGGACUGGAGAAACGGUUUCAACUACAAAAAUAUAUCAAUAAACCAGAACGGAAGAAACUUGCAGAAAGACUCGGCCUCAAGGACUCACAGGUAAAAAUUUGGUUCCAAAAUCGUCGGAUGAAAUGGAGAAAUAAUAAAGAACGAGAACUAAUGGCUGCUGGUGGAUCCCGUGAACAAACACUACCGAAUAAAAAUAAUCCAAACCCAGAUCUGAGCGACACUGAUAAUGAUCGGUCCAGUAGAUUGGAUCUGAAUAGCGAUGUCUCUACUCUGAACAGUCUUACGGAUCUCACUGAUAAUGAAGAAAAUGAGGAAAUAAAUGUUACGUGA